AUGCUCUUCCACUCGAACCUCCUUGCCCAGGCUGGCAUUGUAGUUUUCCUUCCUCUUGCCAUUGCCGGCCCCUCUCUCUUUGACAGCUACAACGACCCACUCUAUCAAAUCAAACGAGGUUCAGAUAACCAGACUCUUCCGAUCUAUCCUCUGCAGGCGGGUGGGAUAGCCAAUGCAUCCGCCCAGGAUUCGUUUUGCGCAAACACUACCUGUGUCAUCUCGAUCAUCUAUGAUCAGACUAGCAACGGGAACAAUCUGACACAGGCACCACCUGGGUCUGCUGCUAAAGGACCAAAUCCUGGUGGCCUCGACGAUCUUGUCCUUGCAGCGGGCGCUCCAAUCACAGUCAAUGGCCAGAAAGCAUACGGUGUAUUCAUUCAGCCAAACUCAGGCUACCGAAUUGACAACACCACUAUCGUCGCCAAAGACGACCAGCCUGAAGGCAUGUACGCGGUAUUCGACGGGACGCACUACAACUCCCAUUGUUGUUUUGACUAUGGCAAUGCAGAGUCGGACAACAUCGAUAUGGGAAAUGUCAGCAAUGGAGCAAUGGAAGCAAUAAACUUUAGCGGUGGUGAUGGCAGUGGCCCCUUGGUCAACACUAUUCCGGUCACGAACAACAGCUCGUCGACUCUCAAAGGCCAAGCAAGCUUCACCGUUCAGACCGGACUGGGCAACAGCAUGUGCGUUGCGUUCGAAUCGAAAGAUGUCGCUGGCUCGUACAUCCGCCACAAUACAACAACGUACAGGCUCCGUAUCGAUCCCGACGACGGCACCAAGCAGAUGCACGAAGAUGCUACGUUCUGCCCGGAGGCCGGUUUGAACAUGACGGGGAAUUUGAUCAGGUCGUGGAAUUUCCCGACGAGAAGCAUCAGGCACUUUGAUGCCGAAUGCUGGAUCGCUGCGAACGGAGGGCCCUAUCCGGAGGACACGACGAACAGCUACAACAACGAUGUUAGCUGGUUGAUUGGGGAAAGCUUUGUUUGA